AGAAUAACCUGUUUCUGUAAAUAUCUGAUUUUAAAAAUAGAUGAAAUUUAUUCAGUUGGCAGGAAAAAGUGAACGAAACGUUCAAGGUGAACGGGUCUUUUGAAACACUCUGAUCACCUGACUGACCCGUUCGAAUUGAACGAGUCAAGACCAAGCGAUACAUCUCUAAUGGCCAUUGCCACUGCAUGGCCAACCUCACAACAAAAUGCAAGCUCCCUGGAUACGUCUAGGGCUAUAUUAAUCGGUUAAAUUAAUAUUUUACGCUUAGACAGCGACACUUGCAUUAUAGACCUACACAUAAAAAUAUAAUAUAGUUAUAGAACAGGUAAAGUAGCUGUAGUGUAAACAAAACUGUUCGAGUCAGACACAAUCCACACAGCUGAUAAACAGAGAAGAAAAGGUGCAGGUCCCACUCUCCCACCACAACUCUCCGCCGGAGGGGAACCCCUCCUGCGCGGUAUUGCUUAGAUAUUUGCUUCUGCGCAGGUUUCUUUGCAAGCGGUUUAUCUAUAGUCUGGUUAUUUUAUAGCCACACCUCGUAUUAUUAUAUAUAGGGUGUCCCAUAACUUUCUGGACAAAGGUAUAUCACGUUAUUGCUUAGCUUGACAAACAUAUUUCAUGAUAUCAACAUAGGUCUAUGGCCCACAUAGAGGUUCUCAGCGAAUAUCCAGCAAUACUAAAACUGAAUAAACGGCAGCUCUCAAGUUGCUUUGCACUAUUAUUUAAGUUGAGUUUUGAUACUCUUCAACAUGUUCAUUACGACGGCUAAAUAUCCGGACUGUUUAUAUGCCAUUGAAUUUUUUAAUAUUAGUGACCGAUAACAGUAAUUGUUUCUUCAACAUUAAAUCUCUAAGUAAUCAUGAAAACAGUAUGUGGGCUUCACAAUUGUUGCACGAAAAAGUAUUUAAAUUUGAUAUUUCAAUGUUUAUAUGUCUACCCCUAGGGAUUCGGAUUCAUAACAAAAUUAAUUAACCUAAAUAAAGAAAAAUAAAUUGUGCACCCAACAGGGUACAUGGUAGUCUAAGUUAUUUGUAUAAGCACAAGCUCAUAUUUCACAAAGACAAGCAAAAAAAAAAAAAAUAUUCACAAUAAAAUGCUUGACGUUUACCCCAUUGGACAUUCUACACGCUUUAUGUAAGCCCGGUGUGUGUCCGAUCAGGUACUCUACAUCAGUUAUGAAAAAUCGCGUUUACCCAAGGGGUACAUGUUGUGAAUAUGUUAAUAUUUCCUUUAUCGCCCAUAAAACUGAAUCUUGUUCAAGGGUUUAAUUUCAUACACUGUAUAGAUGAGUAAUGAUAACGGUCUUAUUACUUUUGUUUUGUUUCAGGCCUUGGAACAACAUAGUAACAUUUCUUAUCGGAGCCAAUUUCAACACAGCUAUUCCUUCACAAGUAAAAGUCAGUCAUAUAAUUGAUUAACAAAUACAAAAGUGGUCUUGAUAAUAAUUAAACAUGAAAAUGGUCCCUGAAAAAGUACAGAUCUCUUUGAUGAAGGAAAUGGAGACCUUACUAAAUCAAGGUCAGGAUGUAAAUGCCCAAGAUGAAUACGGUAGAACACUUCUGGACAAAGCGGUUUGGAGGAGUUCAGAGCCUGCAGUUGAUCUACUGCUGGAGAGGGGAGCAGAUGUUAAUAUUUAUAACAACAGAGGAAGAUCUCCUUUACAUUUGGCUGUCUAUAGAAAUAAUGAAAUUAUUUUGGGAAAAUUGUUUGAGAAAGGAGGCAUUCUAAAUCUACUAAAUCAUGAAGGGAAAUCUCCUCUUCAUUUAAUAAUUAAAAGAAGAUGUUUAAAAAUGAUUGAAACUCUUAUAGACAAAGGAUUUGAUUUGGAAAAUGAAGUGUGUGGUUACCCACUCUUUCAUUAUUUUGUUUACAUACAUUAUGUAUCGGGAGUGGAGUUAUUGUUAAGGAAAGGAGUAAAUUUGAACUGCAAAGACAAACGAGGUAGUAGUCCUCUUCAUAUCGCCAUUCGCAGACUGCACAUCGAUAUUACACAAAUGCUUCUCAACAAAGGUGCAAUGGUGGAUAUCAGGAAUAAUGAAGGUGAGACACCUCUUUACUCUGCUAUUCAAAAAAACUUUAAAGCUGGUGUUGAGUUAUUGCUUAGGCAAGGUGCUAACGUGAACUUAAAGUGUUUCGAAACUACACCACUUCAUCUGGCUGCUAUACAAAUGAAUGUAGAUAUAUUUGAUGCAUUGUUAAAUCAUGGUGCCAAUAUAAAUGAGAGAGACGAGGAAGGUAAUACAGUUUUACACAAUGCAGCACAAGUGGAUUUUAUUUAUGGCGUUAAAACAAGUUUAAAAAGAGGUGCCAAAGUAAAUGAGAAAAACUUUGGCGGCCAAACACCUCUUCAUCUUGCUGAGUCAAAGGAGAUAUGUGAGAUAUUGCUGGAUAAUGGAGCUUUACUGGAGGUAAGAGACUGCAUAUCGGGGGAUACACCUUUCCUUAGAGCAGUCCAGUAUAAAAUAUGUACUAUAGUAAACUUUCUGUUGGAAAGAGGAGCAGAAGUUAAUAUGAAAAAUUAUAGAAGAGAGACUGCCCUUCAUAUGGUGGUGAAUGAUUUGGAAAAAGUAAAAACUAUAUUAGAUCAUGGUGGGGAAGUAAAUAUAAAAGACAUUGAAGGAGAUACUCCUCUCCAUGUAUUCAUUUCUCAUGGGUUUGAUUCUGAAUGUAUUGAGCUCCUGCUUGAAAGGCGAGCAGGUGUAAACAUAAAGAACAAUGCAGGUCUUACUCCUCUACAUUUGGCAGUUUUGAACAACCGAACAUCUGUAAUUGAGUUGUUGUUAGAUAAUGGUGCCGACGUUUUCCUAAAAAAUAAGGAAAACAAGUCACCACUUCACCUUGCACUCUACAAUUGUGGAGAAGAGUUUGGAUCAGAAAUAAGUGUUAUGUUAGACAAGGGAACUAUGUUGAACUUUAAGGACAGAGACACAAACAGUCCUCUUCACUUUGCUGUUUCAAAUGGGGAUUACGAUCUGGUCAAAGCAUUGAUAGAUAAUGGAGCUUGUUUGAAACUCAAAAAACAACAAAUGUCAAAGUCCUCUCCAUAUAGCUGUUUCAAGAUCAUUUCAACCAGUAGUUCAACUACUGUUAGAGAAAAAAGCAAGCGUGACAAUGUCCCACCUAACAAAUCUUUGUCAGUGAAGUCAUUUUUGGCCAAACACAACAUUCCCAUCUUAGAUCAUCCACCCGACUUGGCCCCCUGGGACUUUUUUGUUCCCCAAAAUCAAUAUUUUAAUAUGAAAAUGGUUCCUGAAAGAAUUCAGAUCUCCUUGAUGGAGGAAAUGGAGGCAUUAUUAAAUCAAGGUCAAGAUAUAAAUGCCCAAGAUGAAUACGGCAGAACACUUCUGGACAAAGCAGUUUGGAGGGGUUCAGAGCCUGCAGUUGAUCUACUGCUGGAGAGGGGAGCAGACGUUAAUAUCUGUAACAACAGAGGAAGGUCUCCUUUACAUUUGGCUGUCUAUAGAAACAAUGCAACUAUUUUUGGAAAAUUAUUUGAUAAAGGGGGCAAUCUAAAUCUAGUAAAUAAGUUGAAAUCUCCUCUUGAAUUAAUAAUUAAAAGAAGAUGUUUAAAAAUAAUUGAAACUCUUAUUGACAAAGAAUUUGUUUUUGAAAAUGAAGUGCAUGAUUUCCCACUCCUUCAUUAUUUUGUUUACAUACAUUAUGUAUCGGGAGUGGAGGUAUUGUUAAAGAAAGGAGCAUAUUUGAACUGCAAAGACAAACGAGGUAAAAGUCCUCUUCAUAUCGCCAUUUGCAGACAGUACAUUGAUAUUACACAAAUACUUCUCAACAAAGGUGCAGUGGUGGAUAUCGGGGAUAAUGAAGGUGAGACACCUCUUCACUCUGCUAUUAAAAGAGACUUUAAAGCUGGUGUUGAGUUAUUACUUAGGCAAGGUGCUAACGUGAACUUAAAGUGUAACAAAACUACACCACUUCACCUGGCUGCUAUAAAAAUGAAUGAAGAUAUAUUUGAUGCAUUGUUAAAUCAUGGUGCCAAUAUAAAUGAGAGAGACGGGGAAGAUAAUACAGUUUUACACACUGCAGUAGUAGUGGAUUUUAUUUAUGGUGUUAAAACAAGUUUAAAAAGAGGUGCCAAAGUAAAUGAGAAAAACUGUGGCGGCGAAACACUUCUUCAUCUUGCUUAUUCAAAGGAGAUAUGUGAGAUAUUGCUGGAUAGUGGAGCUUUACUGGAGGCAAGAGACUUUUUUGGGUUUACACCUUUCCUUAUGGCAGUCCAGGGUGACUUAUGUACUGUUAACAUUCUGUUGGAAAGAGGAGCAGAAGUAAAUGUGAGAGAUAAUACAGGAAGGACUGCCUUUCAUCACGUAGAGGAUGAUUUGGAAUCAUUAAAAACUAUAUUAGAUUAUGGUGGGGAAGUAAAUAUAAAAGACAAUGAAGGAAAUACUCCUCUCCAUGUACUCAUUUCUCGUGGGUUUUAUUCUGAAUGUAUUGAGCUCCUACUUAAAAGGCAAGCAGGUGUAAACAUAAAGAACAAUGCAGGUCUUACUCCUCUACAUUUAGCAGUUUUGAACAACCGAACAUCUGUAAUUGAGUUGUUGUUAGAUAAUGGUGCCGACGUUUUCCUAAAAAAUAAGCGAACUAAGUCACCACUUCAACUUGCACUGUACAGAAAAGCGGUAAGGCCAGUAAUAAGUGUUAUGUUGGACAAGGGAACUAUGUUGAACUUUAAGGACAGAGACACAAACAGUCCUCUUCACUUUGCUGUUUCAAAUGGGGAUUAUGAUCUGGUCAAAGCAUUGAUAGAUAAUGGAGCUUGUGUGAACUCAAAAAACAGCAAAUGUCAAAGUCCUCUGCAUAUUGGUGUUUCAAGAUCAUUUGAACCAAUAGUUCAACUACUGUUAGAGAAAGAAGCAAGUGUGAAUGUCGGGGAUGCUGAAAACAGAACCUCCCUUCAUUUGGCUGUCUUGGCAAACAAUAAGACUUUGGUUGAAGCAUUAAUUGAUAAAGGAGCAGAUGUAAAUAAUAAAGACAAUCGAGGGAGUACCCCUCUCCAUUAUGCAAUUUUAUGUACAAACUUUGAAGUAAGCAUUCUUUUAAUCCAUAAAUCAAUUGUAAACCUUAGAGAUAAGUGUUAUAGAACACCACUUCAUUUAGCAGUCUUGUACGAGUUUGAUGCUGUAGUUGAUCCUUUACUUGCCUCAGGAGCUAAAGUAAAUUUGAGUGACAAGAAAAGGAACACACCUCUCCAUUAUGCUGCUCAAAAUAAAUCAGAGUCAUUAUCCAGAAAGCUUUUGGAGAGAGGAGCUAUAGUUGAUAUUCAAAACUCAAAAGGACAAACGCCCCUCCACGUGGCUAUAAAUCAUCUACGGUUCACUGAAGGUAACUGUGUUCGAGUGUUGCUGGAUUAUGGGGCUACCAUGGAUGAUAUAAAAGAUUAUAAAGGGAAAACACCAGUAGAAUAUAGAGAGGAAUCUGCAGAUCUGCCAGUUUUGUUUUUAGAAACAAUCAUAAAAACUUGCUGUGCUAAUUUAGAACUAAAUUUGAAUAGUAAAGUUGUGUCAGACCUCAAAUCUUAUGGUGAACUAGUUCAUUUUCAAAACACUUGCUUAACUGAAUUGAAAUACAUGAAAAAAAAGAAAAUUGGCAGCAAUAAUCUCUAUGAUGUGUUUUCCAAAUACAGGGAUCCUAAAUUUUCUAUGAAACAAUCCAUGGUAGAAGCGAUUUAUUCUCCCACUUUGGAUGUAGAGUUUCCAUUAUAUGCCUCAUUUUUGAGAGGAACAUUUCAGAGAGCAAAAGUUAGGCAUAAAUUGUUAGAUUUAGCGGUAGAAAAAAUGAGUGCUACAAUUGAUAUAACAUUGCCAAAUGAGGUGAAAAGGCAUAUUAUGUGUUAUUUAAGUGACCGAGAAUUGAAAACUUUAUUGUACAAAUAAGUGUGUGCACUAAGUAACGUGUGUUUGUUAACAUUUAAAAUAACUGCCUCUUAUUGUAUAAAAAUGCUACAAAAUAUCACAAUUAGUUCUACAGCAAGUAACUUACAGCUGUGAAAGCAUUAAUUUAGUAAGCAGAGAUAAUGUUCAUUUUAAAUAAGAAUACAUACAUUUUUGUUUCUUGAUUUACUUUUUGUUGUCAUCUACCUGUAUAGUACGAAAACCAUUACAUUUUAGAAUACCAGUGUAUAACAUAUUAAUGAUCCAAGUACAUUACCGUUAAUUUUAUACUGAAAAAUAACAUUGAUAACAUUUGCUUCAAACAGUGGAAUAAAGUUUAGUAAUUAUUAUGACAGAUAAGAUUAUACCUGGAUAAUAAUAAUAAUUUUAAGGAUAGAUAAAACAAUAACUAAAUGUAACUUUCUUUCAUAUGUUAGAAACACGUAUUCAUACUCAAAAAUGUUAGUGAAUAAACUAAACUAUCAGAUGUAAUUUAUUUUAUUUCUAAUUAUUUAAGAACAGUUUACUUCUGUAGAAAGUAACUACACUUUGAAAUAUAUAUAUAUAUAUAUAUAUAUAUAUAUAUAUAUAUAUAUAUAAAAUCAAAAGGAGUUAGUCAUAACUUUUAAUAUAAAAUAUUGAUACAUCUUCACGUACUUUGUUCCUGCCAUAGACUAGACUUUUUACAAAAGUUGGAAAGUGUUUGAAAUCAAAAUAUCCGUUCUGGCUUAGUCGGAAGAAAGAUGGAUUUCACAACGACUGUUAUCUUUAAAUGUUAAACUGAACAUGCAUUAUUACUCUAGAGAACACUAAACUAACUAGCAGAGUUACAAUAUUGGGAAUAUAUAUUCUUAGUUUAGGACAUGAACAAUUUGACUAAGUAGUGGUAAUAUUUGUCUGUCUAUUCCACGAAUCAUUAUGGUGUUUAUUUAUUUAUUCUAAGAUUUCAUUAAUUAAAAUGUAUUCGUGGUUGUUUAGAAAGAAGGCUGCGAUAUGAAAACUGAAGUAGAAAUGAUUCCUUUAGGUUUCAUUUGAGUACCAUGACACUACGCUGGUAUUCUUUGAAUACACCACCGUACAUAUUUUUAUAUACCGUAUUGGAAGUUUAAUUAAAUCCGUAAUAUAUUUUUAAACUACAAAGUACUACUUUGUUAAUAAUUAAUUUAAAUGUAAAACACCGUGUGUUUACUAUUUAAAAUAAUGUUUAUAAAUAAAAAUUUAAUUUGUAUGUUUAGAUAAGCAGUGUUUGUAUAGAAGACGUUUUGUUAAUACAGAGUAUUUAACGUUUCAUAUUAAAUAUUUUGUAUCGA